AUGUCUCCGUCCCCACAAGAUGACACGGCUCAGCCUGGAAGUAACCCUAAUUAUUCCCAAGCGUUUCAAGUCCGGUCGCGUAUAAAACCCAUCCCAUUUCAGCUAGUCCAGUUCGUUCUUUCACUACCACAAUUUCGAGCAACCAGUGCUCAACAAAAAGGCCUUCGCCUCCACACUAGAAUGUGCAAACACGAGAUCAUUUCCAUGGACGCUACUACACCGGCGAAACUCUGGACUGUAACAAUGAUUGUUGCAAAACCAGUCGCGCCCACAAGCACAAAACUGCCAACAAUUGCGGUUGCGCUGAGGUUGCAAUCAGGUUUCGAAAGGUUCUCAGACGCGUUUGCAACUUAUUUUUUUUGCCAAAAGUUGACCUUUAUGCCAUAUUUAUUCGCAGAGUUGAAAGCCAAGGCAGCGAAAGCGUCGUCGUCUGGCGUAGAAAAGUUUCAGAAUGUACGCGACAGGAAUACUAGUGUACCUAUGAAAAACACGAAUUGGGACCCUUACAGCGGAAACCCUGCACCACCUCCACCCCCACCGAGGAGUCUCGUGAACAGGAACACAAAGCCUGCCCUGCCUCCGUUACCACCGCCACCUAGUAGGACAUCCUCUACAGCGCUGUCGCCUGUCAAUCGCAGCGAAUCAGUGUCGCCUGCACCUCGUCUUCCGCCCCGUGGGCAAAGUGUUUCCCCUGCUCCCCCGCUGCCGUCUCGGAAUAAGGCUGCAGCGCCGCCACCUCCUCCUCCGAGGUCUUCCGCGUCGGUAUCGUACAGUAAACAGACACCUGUAGUCCUGCCGCCACAAACAACGGGUGCAGGGGCAGGACCUCCUCCCAUCGUCCGAUCGACCCGUCCGGGUAGCACGCAGCCACCCCGAGUAUCUCCAGCUGCUCCCGCCGAAGAAAAGAUUGAUUGGGCAAAUCUUACUCCGGAAGAUAAGCAGGUGUUUUUUGCCUGGCUUGACGAAUUUUUUGCCCGCUUCGUUCCGCCGACGAGUAGUGGCGCCGUCAAAGCAACUGAUACGGGCGAUAUAACGCGACAGGAGCGUGAAUUACCUUCACACGCACCUCCACCUCCCAUUCGAACAGCAAGCAAGCCCACGUCUUGGGUUCGUCCGCAGGCCGGCACGUCACCCGCCUUUGUUUUAUCCCACCCCCCUGCGACGACACAUGGGUCAUCCGCCCUCGAUCUGGCCCACUAUUUUGCACCGACGACACAUUGGGAUUCGGCGUGGUAUGAUUCACCUUCGGCUCCACCCAUCCCGCCCCCCGUCGAGGGCACCACCGACCAUACCUAUGUCAGUUCAUGGCGCUCCCGCAACACGAGCAAGACGACGAAUAUAGGAAUAUUCUUCUCCGACCUGAGCAUCUUCUGGGGCAGCAUCACUUACGACACCUCCAACACUGAUCCAAAUCGCGGCACGACGCGCCAUGCCACGUACCUGCCCCAACCCAAGCCACUAGGGCGCGACGCGCUCAUCGAGGCGCACGAGGUGUAUGGCGAGACGGUCGCGCUGUUCGCCGAGUCGUUCGUCGGCACGGGCGAGUACUGCGCGCGGGGAGAGUGCUGGGAUCUUGCUAACGAGGCGCUCAAAUAUUUCGCCGCGUACGACUACAUCCCCAAGCCCGUGCCCAGCAUCAGCCGCACACACGGACACCUCAUCUUCGCUGGCCGGGCGUCUAACGACGGGCGCCAGAUGGCGGGGAAAUGGCGCGGCGGCGACGACCGCGUGCGCCGCGGAGAUAUCACCGAAUGGCGGCGGGUGAGAAUUGGCAUGGGCAGGAGUUCCCCGGGGGGUUUUUUUACUUUGGGCGACCCAGACCACACGGCUGUCGUUGUCUGCGACGCAGUGCCCGCUUCGACCCCUAAAGACGGGGGCGAUCUGAGUCCUGCGGAUCUGGGGGUCAUUGUCGUGGUGGAACAGAGCGUAGGACAGCCGCCAAAAAGGGCUGAGUACGAUUUAGGUUGCUUCCAAGAGGGUGAGAUGUGGAUAUAUCGGCCAAUCAGUAUGCAGGCCUACCUAAGUGUGUCUGAUAUUACUGCCGUGCCUCCCGACGGGCUUCAGGGCUUGCAGCAAUUGUAA